AUGAACCUGGCGACAUUUGUCACAACGUACAUGGAGGACGAUGCAGAAGAGGUUUUCAAAAAGACCUGGAACGUGAACGGAGCCGAUGCCUCGCAAUACCCAUCCUGCCAGACAAUGGAGAAACGGUGUGUUGCAAUGCUUUCAAAUCUCUAUCACUCCCCUGCCAGCAAGCCAUGCGGAGCAGCCACAGUUGGGUGUACGGAAGCAUGCCUGCUCAGCGGACUGGCUGCCAAGAAGCUGUGGCAGCGGCGGCGGAGAGCCAGCGGCAAAUCAACCGAGCGGCCCAACCUGGUUGUGGGCGCUCACUUUCAGGUCUGCUGGAAGAAGUUCUGUGUCUACUUUGAUGUGGAGAUGCGCGCUGUGCCUGUGAGGGAGGACUACCUGGUCCUGGACCCCAAGGACGUGCCUCAGCAUGUCGAUGAGAACACUAUUGGCGUGGUCAGCAUCUUCGGCAGCACUUACAACGGCCAGUUCGAGGAUGUGAAAGCCCUGGAUGCUGUCGUGGAGGACCUGAACCAGAAGAAUGGCUGGGAGCUGCCAAUCCUGGUUGAUGCAGCCAGUGGGGGCUUUGUGGCUCCUUUCCUGUACCCGGACCUGGUGUGGGAUUUCCAGCUGAAGAACGUGCACUCCAUUUGCGUGAGCGGCCACAAGUACGGGAUGGUCUACCCUGGUAUUGGCUGGAUCAUCUACAGAGAUGAGAGCUGCCUCCCUGAUGACAUGGUCCUGACCACCAGCUAUCUGGGAAAGCCUGAGCCCACCAUGACCAUCAACUUCUCUCGCAAUGCAGCCCAAGUGGCGGCGUCAUACUUCAAUUUCAUCCGUCUGGGGCGCAUGGGGUACACGCUGAUCCUGGAGAACUUGCUGAACACAGCCAAGCGCCUGGGCGAGAGCCUUGAGAAGACAGGGCACUUCCGGAUGGUCAAUGAGCCAACAAUGCCAGUGGUGGCCUUCUCGCUGACAAAAGUGGAUGGCAAGGAUCGGGUGUAUGACGAGUAUGAUGUCAUGUUCCGCAUCAGAGAGUACCGCUGGAUGCUCCCGGCCUACUCCUGCCCAGAGAACGCCAAGAACAUAAAACUGCUGAGAGCUGUGAUCCGGCUGGAUGUCACUCUGGAGAUGGUGGAUGACCUCGCGCAGCACCUGCAAGAUGUUGUGGAGUGGCUUGACAUGCACUAUGAGGGAGCAGAUCCUGCACACUUGAAGAAGAUAAAGGAGCGCUUCCACAAGGUGGAGCCCGAUGCAGAGAUGGGGCUGUAA